AUGAGUGCACCGCGAUCUAAGUCUCGAACGGCGAUACAUGUGCUUUUUAUAAUCACAGGUGCCCAUAAUCUGGACGGCCAUGGCCAACAAGCACCCUGCGGAUUCUCAAACAAAGUUUACCGCAAGAAAGAAGGUGAGGUGUCGAUUCAACUGGAGUGGAACGAUGACGGAAGUGCCGUCGGCAAUGUUGGCGGCUUGCAACUGUUUGUCGAUGUUAAGGCCAUGCAGGUCAAAAUCGAGAAGUUGACCAGCGAAAUGGCAACGACGAUGGCAACGAUGAUGGCAACGAUGAUGACAACGACGUAUUAG